GAGAUGUAGUGGUGAAAUGGUCUGAGGAACGCUGUGAGGACUGAUAUUAUCACUAAGUGAACAGCCGAGAAAUAAUAUUGCUCUUCAAUAUGACAACAAUAUCGACUGCAGAUGUGUGACAUGCCUCCCGGGUAUAGUACAGUGGCACUGCUGGGUACUGACUGAGUGCCGCUUAUUUACUGCAAAAUGCACGAAAUGCCUUCACCUGCUGAGUGUCAAACUAACAAGACAGAAGAACAUUUGUACGCAUGGCCUGGAAAAGACUAACUUUAUCCCGCAUGUGAACAGAAGACACAACAGUCUCAACAUCAUCCAUUCACAGUGCUUGUUUCUAAUUACCAAUAGAAAUGGGUGCUAGUGAUAGCAAACAACCCAGCGUCACUGCGAACUGGACAAAAGUCCAGACGCAAAUGCCACAGUCUGUAUUUCUAAACUCUGACCCAAGAGAGAUGUUGGGAAUGCCAGAAAUCUGUAGCGAAGAUGAAGGUGUUACUUUUCUAUCUCCAGAAACAGGCUUUCAAGUUCCACCUCCAGACACAAGUAAUCGGCUAACAUUAAACCGUCACAGUCUGACAGAACAGAACACUACACACACACCAUUGCAAUUUGGACUCUCAGAAGACCAAUACAGUUCAGUGGGUGUUCAGCAAGAUCCCACUUUACAACAAAGUGCAGGCAACCAGCUUCCCAAUGCUGGUGAGAUUACGAGUUGGUCCCAACAACCCGGCGUGAUAGAGGAACGACCGGAAGCCCAAACGCAGAUACCACCGGCUGUGUUCACAAACUCAGACCAAAGAACCAUGUUGGGAAUUCCAGAAUCUCACAAAGGACCUCAAGGAGUCCCUUUUCGGUCUCCAGAAACAUGUUUUCCAGUUCCACCACCAGACACGAUUCCUCGGGUCACAAUGAACCAUUAUAGUCUUUCAGAAAAUGAAGUCCCACCCAAAACAUUACAGAGUGGACAACAUGGUCCACUAGGUGCUCAACACGACCCCACUUUCCUACAAAGCGCAGCUUCUGGAGCCCCCUGGACACCACAAUGGCGUCUACCCCCACCGCCACCACCACCACCGCAUUGGCAAACAAGACCAGCAGCACCAUUUCCUUACAACUCUUUCCAACUGCAUCCGAGUGUGUUCGGCUACUCCCCUGGUUUGCCUGGCAUGCACCCUUUUUUUGGAGUCCAGCCACUCAUGACCCAUUUAGAGUAUCCAUAUCCGAACUCUAUGAAUAUGUUCAGCGCUUCAAGCCAGCCCCCAGUGAGAGGCACAGAACCGGCCAAUGGUCAUCCGGAGAAUCUUCAAUCUCGCAGACACACACAGAAACCGCGGACUACUUAUCGUGAGGGAGGAAAAUGUUCUAAACGUUUUCAAAAAUCAUUGAAGGAGAAAAACGAUGCCCGACAAACAUCGGUUGAUGACACAGAUGAGACAUCAGAUAGUUCAGCAGGGAGUGAAAAUGAUAAAGCGCCACAAACACCAACAAUAAAGAUAAGAGGGAUCAACACCGCAGUGAUGGCAGCCAAAUGUAAAUACUACUUCCAGAACCCCAACAAAGGUGGAGGGGAAACGCAGGAGGUCAAGUGGGAUAACAUUGAGCACAUCUACUACAUCACUUUCUCAAAGGCCAAAGUGGCAAAGCGCGUUUCAUCACAUGUCCACAAGAUUAAUAACCAACAACUAGAGAUCAGCCUUGCUCCUAGAGGUAUUCCUGAGUCUGUGGGCAUGCGCACUGUUGAGAUCAGUGGUGGCGAUGUCAAAUACCUGGAAGUUUAUACACUCUAUUUUGAAAACCCCAACAAUGGUGGCGGACCCAUUAGUAAAAUCUGGCACGAUAAACAAAAAGAAAAGAUUUAUAUAACCUUCGAAGAUGCUGCAGUGGCAGAAACAGUGUGCAGUCGCUCUCACAAGGUGGAGGAACACAUACUUGAGGCAAAGCUCGCAAACAAGGGUCAAACAAACAUGGAUCAAACAAACGAUGCCAUAGGUAACCUGGAGCAGUUCCAUGAAGAGUGGACAACAGUAGAAAUAAUUGUGGAGCCGCCCCUGAGGAACGAACAGUUCUACCGACAGUACCUUGAAGCUCAAGGAUAUGAAGGAUUGGUAGAUGAUCUUAUUUUGGACACAGAGAACGGCAAAGUUCUCGUCACAUUCGACGAUGUCAAAGUGGCUCAGCAGUUUGCAAGCUGCGAUCUCAAAAUUGACGGGAAAGAUGUCCAGACGACUCUCAUGAAAACCUCAUCGUUCUAUCAUGAUAAACUUUUCUUCAAGAAUGUGUCUCGAAAUAUUCCCAAAGAGAUGGUCAUGCAUUACAUGGAAAUCAUCAGCGGCCAGGACGGGGUUGAGAUUGUGUAUAGCGAUGAGCCUGGAGGUGUCCUGGUCACCUUUCACAGUAAAAUUGGCAAGUACUGUAAACGACGGAAUUGGUAA